AUGGGUGAUUUUAAUGCUGUUCGCAAACGGGAUGAAAGGAGAAAUUCUAUUUUUAAUAAUAAAUGCGCUUCUAAUUUUAAUAAUUUCAUUUCGGAAAAUGGGUUAAGAGAAUACGAUAUGAAAGGAAAAACAUUCACGUAUCUUAAAGAUAACGGUAAAAAACUUAGCAAGAUUGAUAGAUUUUUUGUUUGUCAAGAGUUCUUUUCUAGAGUGGCCGGUGGCAUGCCUUCGGCGUUACCGAGAUUUCUAUUGGACCACUGCCCUCUAUUUUUGACAUGCUCGGAUAAAAAAUUCAGACCCAAACCAUUUAGAUAUUUCAAUUCGUUGUUGGAAAGAAAAGAUUUUGAUGAGGUGGUUCAUAAGGCAAUUGUUAAUUUUACCGGGGAUGAAGAGCCAGACAAGGCGCUGAUACAGAAAUUAAAGGAGAUUAGGGAUGGUAUAAAACCAUGGAAAAGAGCGGUUUUAGCCAAGGAAGGGGAAACGGAGUCGAUUCUUAAGGAAGAAUUAGAAAUCCUGGAGGAAUUGUCGGAAAAUAGAGACUUAUCCGAAGAGGAUGAGUGGGCCAAGAUGGAAUGUCAAAAAAAUCUUAAUGAGCUAGAAGGUUAUAAAAUUAAAGACCUCAAACAAAGAGUUAGAGCUAAAUGGGAUUUGGAAGGUGAUGAGAAUUCUGCGUUCAUCCAUGGGUACAUCAAAAGUAGACGGGCUUUCAAGAAUAUCCCAGGUCUUAUGAUCGACGAUGUGUGGAACCCUCUUUGA